CUGACUGCCCCGGGCGGGCCCGGAGCGGAACGGAUGCCACAGGGGACCUCCCGACGCCGUGAGCCCGGAGUCCGCUUUGGCCCCCUGAUCCGCCCCAUUCCAAGGGAGGGACCGAGAUCGGACGUGCGGCGAACCGGCGACGCAGAGGGCCGGGCGUAGGGACCGCGGCGCGCAGGGGAAGCGACAGGAAAGUUGUGCUCGGCUGACUCCGGUGCGGUGGGCACUCGGGGCGACUCACCUGCGUGAGUCGACAGUCAUGUGUGGCUGAUGCCGAGUACGGCUCACCUGUGCACAGUGAUUCACGUGGAUGAUUCACAAGUGCACCUGCCCCUGCCCCCAGACUCCGCGGCCCUGCAGCGCAACAGCUCAGCUCAGCCCAGCCCCGCCCGCCGCUCCCCUCCUCCGAGGCGCUGCUUGCUGGAGUCAUCGUUGCCGGGGACAUCCCUCCCUCCCUCCUUCCCACCAUGGCCGUGUACAGCGUGUGUGUGACCACCGGUCCCUACCUGAUGGCGGGGACCCUGGACAACAUCUCUGUCACCCUGCUGGGCACUUGCGGGGAGAGCCCCAAGCAGCGGCUGGAUCGCUUGGGCAGGGACUUCGCCACUGGAUCGGUGCAGAAAUACAAGGUGCGCUGCCCAGCCGAGCUGGGGGAGCUCUUGCUGCUGCGUCUGUACAAGGAACGCUAUGCUUUCUUCCCCAAGGAUUCUUGGUACUGCAGCUUCAUUUGUGUCACGGCCCCCGAUGGCACCUGCACCCAGUUCCCCUGCUAUCAGUGGAUUGAGGGCUAUUGCACCGUAGAGCUGCGACCAGGAACAGCCACAACCAUUUGUCAGGACUCCCUGCCCCUCCUUCUGGAUCACAGGAGACGGGAACUCCAGAGUCGACAGGAAUGCUACCGCUGGAAGGUCUAUGCCCCUGGCUUCCCUGGCAUCAUAGACGUCAGCAACUUCAAGGAGAUGGAAACAGACAAGAAAUUUGCCCUGACCAAGACGGCACCUUGCACAGACCAAGGGGACAGCAGCGGGAAUCAGUACCUGCCUGGCUUCCCCAUGAAAAUUGACUUCCCGUCCCUGCUGCACAUGGACCCCAAUAUUCGCUACUCGGCCACCAAGACGGUCUCCCUGCUUUUCAACGCCAUCCCUGCGUCCUUGGGCAUGAAGCUUCGAGGACUGCUGGACCGCAAGGGCUCCUGGAAGAAGCUGGAUGACAUCCGGAAUAUCUUCUGGUGUCACAAGACCAUCACUUCAGAGUAUGUCACCGAGCACUGGUGUGAGGACCCGUUCUUUGGGUACCAGUAUUUGAAUGGUGUCAAUCCCGUCAUGCUCCACUGCCUCUCCAGCCUGCCCAGCAAGCUGCCUGUCACCCAUGACAUGGUGGCCCCCUCGCUGGGUCCGGACACCUGCCUGCAGACAGAACUAGAGAGGGGGAAUGUCUUCCUAGCGGACUACUGGAUCCUGGAGGAGGCCCCCGUCCACUGCCUCAACGGCCGCCAGCAGUACGUGGCCGCCCCGCUCUGCCUGCUGUGGCUCAACCCGCAGGGGGCGCUGGUGCCCUUGGCCAUCCAGCUCAGCCAGAACCCCGGGCCCCAAAGCCCCAUCUUUCUGCCCACUGACUCCUACUGGGACUGGCUGCUGGCCAAGACGUGGGUGCGCAACUCGGAGUUCCUGGUGCACGAGCACAACACGCACUUUUUGUGCACGCAUUUGCUGUGCGAGGCCUUCUCCAUGGCCACACUGCGCCAGCUGCCGCUGUGCCAUCCUGUCUACAAGCUCCUGCUUCCCCACACUCGCUACACGCUGCAGGUGAACACCAUCGCUCGAGCCACGCUGCUCAACCCCGACGGCCUGGUGGACCACGUGACGUCCGGCGGGAGGCAAGGCCUCCUCUACCUCAUAAGCACAGGUCUGGCCCACUUCACCUACACCGAUUUCUGCCUUCCGGACAGCCUGCGGGCCCGCGGCGUCCUGACCAUCCCCAACUACCAUUACCGAGACGACGGCCUGAAGAUCUGGGCGGCCAUUCAGAGCUUUGUCUCAGAAAUCGUGGGCUACUAUUAUCCUAGCGACGCAUCUGUGCAGCGGGACACGGAGCUGCAGGCCUGGGUCGGCGAGAUUUUUGCUCAGGCCUUCUUGGGCCGGGAAAGCUCAGGCUUCCCGCAAAGGCUGUGCACUCCGGGAGAGCUGGUGAAGUUCCUUACUGCCAUCAUCUUCAACUGCUCGGCCCAGCAUGCCGCGGUCAACAGUGGGCAGCAUGACUUUGGGGCCUGGAUGCCCAAUACCCCAUCAUCGAUGAGGCAGCCCCCACCCCAGACCAAGGGGACCGCCACCCUGGAGAGUUAUCUAGACACCCUCCCAGAAGUGAAUGUCACCUGUAACAACCUUCUCCUCUUCUGGUUGGUCAGCCAGGAGCCCAAGGACCAGCGGCCCCUGGGCACCUAUCCGGAUCAGCACUUCACCGAGGAGGCCCCUCGGCGGAGCAUCGCGGCCUUCCAGAACCGCCUGGCCCAGAUUUCGCAGGAGAUCCGGGAGCGGAACCAAGGCCUGGUGCUGCCCUAUGCCUACCUGGACCCUCCCGUCAUCGAGAACAGCGUCUCCAUUUAACCCCUCCUCCUUUCCUCCCUACAAGAAAGGCUCAGGCAUGAGGACGUGAGGAGGGCGUCCAGGGCCAGAAGCCGCUGGCUAACGUCAAACGCACAAUAGGCCCUUCACGAGGGGGAACCCCGUCACCCUUUGCUCUACUUGGGACAGCCUCUGACUUCCCUCUCCUGUGAAAACCUACCUCCUCCCACCAGGAACCCCACAGGGACACUGAGCUCUCUUUCCAGUCCUGCCCCCUCCCCAAACUCCCCCUCUUACCUUGGCUCUUUGUUUCCACUCUCCUCCGGACCUAGGGCCCACCAAUCUAACUUCCCUCUCUGGAAAAGCCUGGAAACUGGGCAAGAAAGGGUAUGUGUCCUGAGUCUGCCAUGUGGUCCCCUUUGAUGGAGCAUCUUUAAGGGGAGGGUUAGAAUUAGACCCAACUUGGGGCGCCUGGGUGGUUCAAUCAGUUAAGCUUCAGACUCUUGAUUUUGGCUCCAGUCAUGAUAUGGUUCGUGAGUUCAAGCCUCGCAUUGGGCUCUGUGCUGACAGCACGGAGCCUGCUUGGGAUUCUCUCUCUCCCUCUCUCUCUGCCCCUCCCUCUCUCUCUCUCCUUCUCAAAAUAAAUAAACAUUAAAAAAAAAAAAAAAAAGAAUUAGACCUAACCUCUAGCUCUUCUCCGGGCUAGCUCCCUGGCCUAGAUAUGUGUGUGUGUGUGGGGGGGGGGGGGUCCCUCCCCAGCUCUUGUCCUCACCCCACAAUCCUACCCUCCUUCCUUUUUUUUCUGUCCUUGAGCCCAGUGAAUUCAAUAAAACCCAACAGAUUUGGUUCCCA